GCCGCACGGGGACGACGGCGUGCGCCGGCGUGACGCGGCCGCGCGGGAUGGGCAGGGCCGAGGCCUAGGCGGCGACGAGAGCGAGAGGCGGCAGCGGCGUGACGGCGGCCCUUCCACCCGACCGCCAUGAGCACCAAGCAGGUCACUUGCAGGUAUUUUAUGCAUGGUGUGUGUCGGGAAGGAAACCAGUGCCUGUUCUCACAUGACUUGGCAAACAGCAAGCCAUCUACCAUCUGCAAAUACUACCAGAAGGGCUGUUGCGCCUACGGAACUCGUUGCAGAUACGAUCACACGAGGCCCUCUGCUGCAGCUGGUGGGGCCAUGGGCACUGUUCCCCACGGGGUGCCCUCCCUGGGUUUCCACAGUCCUCACCCUCCUUCUGACCUCACUGCAUCAAUCGUGAAAACUAACUUACAUGAGCCUGGGAAACGUGAAAAGAGGACAUUGGUACUUAGAGACCGAAAUCUCUCUGGCAUGGCUGAAGAAAAGACUUGCCCAAGUGUGGUGAGUAAUCCUGGAGGCUGCAGCGACCCGCAGAACAGCCCGGAGCUGAAGCCGCAUUCCUACCUAGAAGCAAUCAGGAGUGGUCUCGACAACGUAGAAGCUAGCAGCUCCUACAGCAGCGAGCAGCAGCUGUGCCCCUACGCAGCUGCUGGGGAGUGCCGAUUUGGGGAUGCUUGUGUCUACCUGCAUGGGGAAGUUUGUGAAAUCUGUAGGUUACAAGUCCUGCACCCGUUCGACCCAGAGCAAAGGAAAGCUCACGAGAAGGUCUGCAUGUCAACAUUCGAACACGAGAUGGAGAAGGCCUUUGCCUUCCAGGCGAGUCAGGACAAAGUGUGCAGCAUCUGCAUGGAGGUUAUCCUCGAGAAGGCGUCAGCCUCGGAGCGGAGGUUCGGGAUCCUUUCCAACUGCAACCACACGUAUUGCCUGUCUUGCAUCCGGCAGUGGAGGUGUGCCAAGCAGUUUGAGAACCCAAUCAUCAAGUCUUGUCCAGAGUGCCGUGUGAUAUCAGAGUUUGUAAUUCCAAGUGUGUAUUGGGUAGAAGAUCAGAAUAAAAAGAAUGAGUUGAUUGAAGCUUUCAAACAGGGAAUGGGAAAAAAAGCUUGUAAAUACUUUGAGCAAGGCAAAGGGACCUGCCCAUUUGGAAGCAAAUGCCUUUACCGCCAUGCUUACCCUGAUGGGCGGCUAGCAGAACCAGAGAAACCUCGGAAACAGCUCAGUUCUGAAGGCACCGUGAGGUUCUUUAAUUCAGUGCGGCUCUGGGAUUUCAUUGAGAACCGAGAGAGCCAGCAUGUCCACAACACUGAAGACGUCGACAUGACAGAGCUUGGGGACCUCUUCAUGCACCUCUCCGGAGUGGAGUCAUCAGAACCCUGAAGAGUAGGUGGUCGCCCUGCGUCUUCGGCUCCACCAGCCGAGCCUUCCCCAAGCCAGGGUGUGCAGAGCUUCCUUCACGGCAGCC